CGUUGCCUGUUCGGAUUCUGGGUCUCUGUUGAAUUGCUUUCUGGGAACUUGUUUUAGUUUGUUCUUUGUUCGAUUGACUAGGUUUUAGGGUUCUUCUGUGAUUUCGCUAACUCGGGGUUUUGUUGAUUCCUGAAGAUUUGGGAUUUUAGGGUUUGUGAUCGGAAUUUAGAGAUAUUAGAGUGUUAAUUGGUUUAUGGGUUCCACAAUGGAGGAUGAAAAAGAUGCGUUUUACAUUGUCCGUAAGGGAGACAUCAUUGGUGUUUAUCGAAGCUUGAGCGAAUGCCAAGAACAAGCUGGUUCAUCUGUAUCACAUCCUGCAAUGAGUGUGUACAAAGGAUAUGGUUGGCCAAAAGGAGCAGAGGACUUGUUAUCUUCCUUUGGGAUUAAGAACGCUCUUUUUUCUAUCAAUGCAAGUCAUGUCAAAGAUGAUGCUUUUGGGAAACUCAUUCCUUGUCCUGUUCAGCAACCGUCUUCUUCCCAAGGAGAGUCUGUCAACAAAUCUUCCCCGUCUAAGAGAUUGCAAGAUAUGGGAAGUGGUGAAUCGGGUUCAGUUUCCCCUAGUCCUCCGCAGAAGCAUCUUAAGAUAGAAAAUGACAUGGUUCGUCGGAUUCCUUCCAGUUUCUUAACUCGGACACCUAUACUUCAAAAUGACACAUGUACCAUUGAGUUUGAUGGUGCUUCUAAAGGAAACCCAGGGAAGGCUGGUGCAGGAGCUGUUCUCCGUGCUUCAGAUACAAGUGUCCUCUUCUAUUUACGGGAAGGUGUGGGCAUUGCCACAAACAACGUUGCAGAGUAUCGAGCUCUGAUUCUUGGUUUGAGGUCUGCUCUUGACAAAGGGUUUAAAAAUGUGCACGUCCAAGGAGACUCAAUGCUUGUGGUUAUGCAGGUUCAAGAUGCAUGGAAAACCAAACACCCGAAAAUGGCUGAGCUGUGCAAACAGGCUAAGGAGCUCAAGAGCAAGUUUAAAACAUUCCAUAUCGAACAUGUUGACAGGGAAUUGAAUUCUGAAGCUGAUAAACAAGCUAACUGUGCGAUUGGUCUGGCAGAGGGUCAAACGGUGGUGAUCCCAGGCAGCUAGAAGAUAGAAUUAGUUAUUCCUGUUUUCUUGUUCCUAGGAUCGUGUCUUUAACAUGCUGUGUAGGCAUAAACAUGAACAUGAAGCUGAACGAACAUGUUCUCUUCUCUCUUCUAUUCUGUCCCCGGCAUGUUGAAACUUCAGUCACUUGUUCUCUAAGUUUAAAUUUCUCUAAGAAAACGUUUAUUACUGU